AUGACGUCCGCCGUGGACCUCGAGGGCGUGGCGCUUCACGGCCACAUGAAGGGUGUGACGAUGCUAAAGUUCAACCGAGACGGUGACCUUCUCUUUUCAUCUGCCAAGGACACGAACUGCAGCGCGUGCUGCUGGCAGGUAAAGACAGGCAAGCUACUCGGCUCCUACACGACGGUGGGUCAAGUGGAAGGUCGCACGUACGACCCGGCCAUGGUGGCGCUAGAUGUGAACCGUGAGUCCACGCUCUUGGCGACCGCCAGCGCGGGUGAGGAGGUACUGGUGUGGAGUGUAGAGUCUGGUGUCCUGCUCGGCUCCGUGAGCCGUAGCCUGUCGUCGGGCGCCAGCGUCGGCUUCUCUCACGAUGACACGCUGAUGAUGGUGGCCACAAAAGGCCGCUCUAGCACGAACUCGGCGAUCCAGGUGUACAACGUACCCUUCACGGUACCUAAGGCCGGUGAGGACAUUGCCCCUGUCAAGACCCCCUUCACUACCUUCUCCACCUUCGAGACCCCUGACACCAUUACGUGGGCUGCCUGGGGGCCGACGAACGAGACGAUCUACUAUGCCGAAGGCGGCUACAUGAACAUUCUCGACGUCGAGGCGAACAAGGUAAUCCGAAGUCGCCAGAUCCACGAGGAUGAGAACGAGGUGAUUAACCGCUUCAGCUGGGACCCCAACUAUCUCGCCUUAGCCACUGCCUCCACCGACAAGACGUCUCACCUCAUAGACUUCCGCGACCUGGCCACCAUUCAGGUGUACCGGAGCGAUGUCCCGGUGAAUGAUGUGUCGAUCAGUCCAAACGCUGACCACGUGAUCCUCGGCGGUGGCAUGGAUGCCGCUGCUGUGACGACACAGGGUGGGCAGUCCAUUUUCGAGGUGAAAUUUUUCCAUAAAGUGCACGGCCACCAGCUCGGCCAGCUGCGCUGCCACUUCGGUACCAUCAAUGCCAUGUCAUUCCACCCUGAUGGUCGCGGCUUUGCCAGCGCUAGCUACGACGGUCUCAUCAAGAUGUACCGCUUCGGUGACUCGUACGAGGGUACACCUGGUGCGCAGCCUCUGUGGACGCUUUAG